AUGCCACAAAAUUCAACUAUAGCUGCUAGUGGAUCACGUGGAUCAAGAGAACAAGAAGAAGUCGUAGAGGGGAAACCUGAUCAGCCCCGAGAAGUACAAUGCAAAGGUUUUAUGAUCACCGAGUCCGAUGCGUUCAAAAUCAAACGCAAGAUGGACUUUCAUCAUUUUAUUAUGAAAUCACAAACACAAGAUCAAAUUCCUCAACCUUGGGCUUUCCUCCACAUCUCACAGGAUGAUGAUACUUUAUUUCAUUCAAUUGCGUGUAUGAACUUUGAACAUUUACUAUUUUGUCGACUUUUACUAGGAGCGUGUCUAUCUAGUAUCACAUCUGGGCUCAUGUCUGUUACUUCAAGGUUACUGGUUUGUAAUGAACGGCAUACUUUUACAAAGCAUUUUAAUGGCCCACGAUGGUUUGAUAGGGAACAGGCUGUUGAGGCCAUAUGUGACGUUAAGACUUGGAUUUGGUUUGUAUAUAUGAUACUCGUCAACAUUCCCAACAUCACAUGCCAUCAAGCAUUACUGUUUUCAUUUUUCGAAUAUUCAGCUCGCAACACAACAGCGCUGAGCUGCACAUUUAGUUUGAUGCAUAUCAUCAAUAUUUACAUAGCCAUGUAUCUUUUGAGAUGUUUUAGUGGAGCCAGAGCCUACGUAGGGAUCUUCAUGCAAAUCCCCAAUGUUAUAGGUACAGUGCUAGCCAUCAUGGCACCUGAAAAUAGCAAGGGGACUCUGAUCGCGUCUAUAUACCUUACUUGGUUCUCUCCUAUUGCCUAUAUUAUUGCUCUUGACCUGAUCAUCUCUAACACGAAUGGUCAUACGAGUUGA